AUGGCUAGAAUCUACAAAGAUACCCGGGUCGACCUCCGGCCGUACUCGCCGAACACCGUCGUCAACAUCCCGAUCUCGACCCAAGAAAGUACGCAAAGCCGCGCGCGAUUCUCGGUCAUCUCAAGCCCCAACCGUGACGAGCCGGUCGCGAAGGACGAAGACGAAUUUUCCAAACGAUACUUAGCGAGCCAGGGUUCGAUCUAUUUCCGCAAACGCAAUGUCUACCCCCGAACCUAUCUGUGGAGAGUUGUCGACAAUAGCAAGAUCUUGGAAAUCCAGUGCGUGGAUCUGACCAAGGCUGGUAUCGAGCACCACGAAUACAAUGUCACACUGCGCUUGGAAUUUGAGGAAGGAAUUGUUCCUUCAGGUGUUGAUUUUGCGGAUCUGGAGGAUCACGAAGCGUUGAGCGUGUUCGUGAUCACCACCUCUAAGACUCUCCACACCUUGACACUGCGCCCUGAGUUCUUCCGUAGGACUGCAUCAAUUGACGAUAACAUCUCCGACUGGUGCAAGACUUUCAACCCGGCACCUCUCACAUUCUCUUAUCCGCACCGUUUACAUGCAAGCAGCCCGCUGGAGCUGUUCGUCUCCCUCGAUAAUGGCGCGCUUUUGCGCCUGACUAGGAAGUCUGGUGAUGAUGGCUCCCACUGGUCUUCCCUGACAUUCGACGAAAGAACCUGGGGCUCGUCGAUUCGUGGGCUGGUCAAAUGGCAUGCGCAGCCGUCGAUAAAAUACAGAGGACGCACCCUUGAAUUGAGCGCGCCAAAUGCUAUCGCCACUACAACCGAUCAGACUUAUGUAUUCGCUGUCUGCUUGAACCACACGCUCAAGAUCUGGAACCUUGCUACCAACAAGUUGGCUGCUACGAAGGACCUAUUGGACCGUGAGGUGCAACCGUCGGAGGAGUCUUUAUACUCGCUGAAUCCGUCCGAAACUUCCUUCAUUAGGGUCUUUAAUAUGGAGCGUGCGCUUGACGGUGCCUACCGUUAUUACGUCGUCACCUACUCGCCGUUCGAAGACGGGCUCUUCAAGUUCUGGGCUGUAAAGGGAGGCCUGACAUCGCCGCUUGUUAUUGAGGAUCUGUACCCGGGUGCUGCAUUGAAGCCUCUGGAUCCCGACUCGACCGGGAGCAUGUUCUGGAGUAUCGCCGACUUCCAGAUCAAGCCUGCAGAGGAAGGAAAACGCAUGGAGCUGUGGGUUCUGUGGAGAAACAGCAGCCUAUACCAGCUGUUCACGCUACAUUUCAACUUCGAAACACUGGUGACGGAUUGGAAGUCCAAUUGGGCGUCUACAGUUACGGACACCCGUGGCCAGGAAUAUCCCCCUGUCAUGGCCUUGUCUGAUGUGGUGGACCCGACGGAGAAGUGGCUCGAGUUCCUUCUCCAGCCCAACAAAUACUCGGCGGAGGUCCUUGAGACUGCUCUCUCUAUCUACCAGGAGGCACUCAGACCUCUGUCAUCACCCAGCACGCUGAAGAAAAGCGCUCCUCUUGCAGAAAGGCUCUGCUCUACGGUUGCUGCUACUGUCUCUCUCCGCAAGUACGCCGAUGAUGGGAUGGACUUCACACGGUAUCGGACAGAUACGGACUCGAAGUGGCGCCAAUUCUGGCAGAUUGCGGAUGAUGUCAACAAGAGAAGAUUCGAGCCAGUCUCCCUUGCAUAUGACGCUUACUAUGAGACACCGUGGAUGGUCCUUUCCGACAGCUGCGCUGUAAUCCGUGAAUGUAGCUCAACCGAACUUAUUUUACACAACUCUGGUCCAGAGCUUCGCGCGGAAGCACCUAAGAUCGUUGAUCGCUGGAGGCACCGGAAUCUGGAUUCAGAGAUCGGCAGCCUCUUCGAGGAUGCCUCUCACCUUCUGAACGUUGCCUCUAGCUUCCGGAGGAGCUUCGCUGCUGAACUUGAAGUGGCAUGCCAGGGUGCCCUUGAAGCAGAGCUGUUCACUGAACCCUCCAUCUCUGUGCAGGAUAGGAUGGAGGCGUUCCGCGAGCGAUGUGAUUUUGGAGAGCAAAUCUCUAAUAAGACAUACGAUGGCCUGGUUGCUGCCAUUAACGAGCGUUUGAAUAUCUUCAGCUUGCAGAAUGAAGUCUUCUACACCCUUGUGGACACGAUUCCACUGGGCUUCCCUGGAAAGGACUCUGACCUCGUAAACACUCAUUUCGGUGUCAAGGUCAUCGUCAACGGUGUCCAAGAGACGAUUGCCUUCACGCGAAAGACUCUGACAGACCUCUUAUAUAUGAUUAUUUUCAUCGAUGGUGAGGUUCAGCAAGAGGAAGACUCGACAUUCGACGCCGCAGACUUGUUCGUCACCAUUAUAACCCUCCUGAGGGAGUACGAGAUGAUGUCUUGGCUGAGCUCGAAUUCCCGCAAGUGCUCUGACAGACCGGCGAAGGCCACCGACGACAUGUCUGUCACCUCGUUCUCUGUCAAGGAAACACCAGCAACAAAGGGUGGCGAGAGGAUAGCGACUAUCCUUGAGGAUCUGUUCGCCAGCGAUAUCAAGCCACGUCAAGCCGUCGGCCUGCCCCAGAGCUACACGAUAUCUCUUGGUAUCCGGGACAUACUCUCUUGGGUGACUCGUCAAGGCGAAGUCGCCUAUCCCAAUGCUCUUGUCUACAUACAAUGCGACCUCAUCGCCAAGAACAACAUCGACCUUGCAUGGGACUUCCUCCGCUUCCAAGCGAGCACGUCCUGGGCGACCUAUGUUAAGGGUCGGCUGUACGUUGCCAUGUCCGAAUACGACACUGCGGCUUUGUAUUUCCGCAAAGCUGCCUAUCUUCUUUCGUGCGGAAAACCCCUGGGUAACCUGCACGAGAUGUCCUCGACCCUCCUGGACAUCGUCUCCGUGGACUGCUUCCACAACGGUCUUCCCAAGUACUUCCAACACAUCUUGACGAUAUUCGAACAUGCGCGCUCGUUCUCCCACGUUGCCGAUUUCGCCAGCCUCGCGCUACAGGCACUUUCCAGUGAGCACGGAAGCGAGCAAGACCCCGAAUUCGCCAGCUUACGGGCCGACCUCCUCUCACGUCUGUUCUAUGCGUCCCUGCAGAACUGCCAGUUCGACCAGGCAUACUCCGCGCUGGCCAGAUACCGGGACCGCGCCCUGCAGAAGUCUGCCCUGAGCUCUCUCAUCACCGGCAUCCUGGCCGCCUCAGGACCCGGCACCGCUGGACUAGAGAAGAUCCUUCACUUCCCGACAACGCUCAUCCCCAACAUCGCCUCCCACGUAGACGAUAUCCUGGCCUCGCUUGCCCGCAAGCAGACCUCCUUCAGUUCCUACCUCGACACAGAGAGCAAAUGGGCCGACAGCACCCCCGACUACCAGCGAAUCCUACAAGCAUACCGUAUCGCACGGGGCGACUACCGCGGCGCAGCAGAGAUAGCUUACCGCAACGUCCAGCGCCUCCGCCACGCGCGAGACCACUCAACCCAUCUGGUCCUCACCCGGGCGCGAGAAACCGACGACAGCCGACCCAUCGAGGAAGACGACCCAGAAAGCAAGGAAAUUCGCCACGAGCUCCUCUCCCUCAUCAACCUCCUCGCCUGCGUCGACAAGAGCGAAUCCUACAUCCUCGUGGAUAGAGACGGACCAUCCUCCUCUUCCUACAACCCCCUCACCGACCGCCGUCGCAGCAGUCUCGCCCCCGCCGACGACGACGGAAACGUCUUCAUGGAAGACGCCGAAGCCACUACUACUGGUGGCCCGGCCUCUCCCACCCCCUACAGCUCCUCAUCCCACCCCAACCAACACCGUCGGCUCAGCGCCAGCCCAACCGCCAUCCGUCCCUCCAGCCGUCGCGACAGCAAGUCCUCCAUCACAUCCGCCACCAUCACAAUCCCCCAACGUCGCGCCAUCGUAACGCUGGACCAUCUGCGUCGCGAGUUCCAGACCGAGCUGGAUCGCGUCAGCCGUAUCGAGCGUGGCGACUGGGAAUUUGGAAUCCUCGAUGACGGUGAUCCCGCUACUGGAGGCCAGGAUCAUGAUGAUACGAUGCUUCUCGCGUAG